CCUUUCUCUGUACCUCUUCUGCCACCAUCAGGAAAAAGAAGGAAGGAUGCCCACAGAUACAGCAACUCCGCUAUGCUCCCCUGAGGACAUGGCUAAGCUGCAUAACGCUCUUAACCCGGGCGACCGUGCGACGUUCCUCCAAAUUGUCCGUUACUUGCGCGACUACCAGCGUGACGAUGUUUACCGCUUCCUCCGCCAUUGCUUCUUACCCUCGAAACCUGGCCACCCGCCUCCAGCAGGCAUCGAGAGGCCCACGGCCACGGGAAAAAGCUGGACUCUAGCUGCUAUCGCCAUAUAUUUCCAGUUCCGAGGGUUGAAAACGGCGGUCAUUCAGCCCAACAUCACCCUACGAUCGCAAAUUUAUGAGAAGUUUAUUGAAAUCCGCGAUCGACUUGUGAAGGACCGUCGUGCCUGGAACGCUAGUGGUCUUCGUACCCUCUCUUCCGAACCGGCCAAUGCCACCAACCUCGAGUCGCUGCAAGACCCCAACGCGACGCAACGCCUACAAAAUUGCACUAUUCUCAUCGGAAACUAUCACAGAUUUGCUGGUGUCACGAGAGCUAUGAUGGAGAACUGCGGAUUUAUCCCUGACUUGGUCAUUAUGGAUGAGGCUCAUCACGCUGCGGCGUCUACGUACAUCAACUUCAUACAGGAAUUCAGCCAUGAUACUUGCCAUUUUCUGUUUAUUUCGGCGAGGCUCACCCGCCACGACGGACAAACGAUCGAAUGCGAAAUCAUAUCUUCGUGGUCUUUGAAAUGGGCGGACAAAUACAGGGAUGCGAAAGGCAGAAGGAUCAUUAAGCACCCUGUGCACAUCUGUCUCGAAGUUGAUGACCUGCAAAUCGAAGUCGAACAGAUUUUGGACGGGGUAGUGCAGGAGCCUGAGUAUGAAGUCUACACAGCCGCGGAACUAGACGACCCAGAUCUCAGUAGCGACGCCCGCCGGGCGCUGACCACUCUUCCGGCCUUUUGGCACGUUGCCAAACGUAUGGUGGAAGCCCUCAAGGCCAAUAGGGCUUUAAAGGGUACGCAUCAUCAAUUCCUUGGGACAGCCGCCAACACGGAUCACGCCCAGUUGGUGUCAGGUCCCAUGAAGACCUUCGAAGUCCCCGAUGAGCUGGGCAAUCCGCGCAGCGUGAAGAGCAGCUAUGUUUCGUCUCGAGACCACAGUGUGACGACGAACGAAGACAUCCUCAAAAGUUUCGGCGGCGGAGAGCUGGAUGGCCUGGCGCAUAUCUUCAAACUAACGGAGGGAUACGACAACAAAUACAUCUCGGUGAUAGGAUUCUUUUGCGGUAUGACUUCAGUCAAUCAGGUCGAACAAAUCAUAGGGCGGGCUUUGAGGCCGUUGCCAAAUGACGAAGAUAACAUUGCCUACAUCAUCACCUUGAAGCCAUUCAAGAUGACUAAGGUGCUGAAGAAGCUCGGAAUCAGGACCGAGCAUGAGAGGACGGGGCAGCCGACAAAAGGGAAGAAGAAAGCCAAAAAGAACAAGAAGAAAACUGGUCAACACACUAGUGGUACCGAGUUCGUCAAGAACGAGAAAAUCGUGACAAUGCACCUCAUGAAAAUGACCGGUGCUUCUGAUGUCGCGGCGGCGUUGGGAGCCCCAGGGUCUGCAGCCGACGACAAUCUUGCGAUGACUUGCGAUGUGCGGCCGGACCGCCAUCCAACCAAGCGCAAGAGGACGGGAAAGAAGAGCAAAAAGGGGACGGACGACAUGGCGAAGAAGAUUCAACAACAAAUGACAGACCUCCAAUGUUUCACCGUGCAACGAAUGAAGGCGAUGGAAAUUGAUCUGGCAGCAUGUAGGGAAGACGGGGAUAGCAGCAGUAGUGACGAUAGCAGCGAAUCUAGCGAGGAGGAUGAUGGCUGA